AUGACAGUUACAUAUGAGAACUUCCAGAACUUGCGGAGUGAGGAGAAAAACCCAGAGACUGGAAAGGGUGAGAGAAAAACAGGUCCUGACACCCCCUCUUUUCUUUUAGCGGCUCCUCCCCAGUCCUUCCUGUGGAAUGUCUUCUCGUGGACCCACCUCCUCCUCUUCUCCCUGGGCCUUGGCUUCCUGCUGCUGGUGGUUGUCGCUGUGAUUGGAUCCCAAAAUUCCCAGUUAAGGAGGGACCUAGGCACCCUGAGAGCCAGUUCAGAAAACCUCACCUCCUACAUGAAGGAUGAACUACAGGCCCUGAACUCCAAGGGUGACAGCUUGCAAGAAAGGAUCAGUUCUCUAAAAGUGGACGUGGACGAUCACAGGCAGGAACUGCUGGCAGGCCGAAACUUGAGCCAGAAGGUGACUUCUCUGGAGAGCACAGUGGAGAAAAAGGAACAGGCCCUGAAAACAGAUCUUUCUGAAAUAAUGGAGCGUGUCCAACAGCUGGGGAAGGACUUGAAGGCCCUGUCGUGCCAGCUGGCCAACCUCGGUGAGGAGGUGGACGGGUAUAGUUUGACCUGCUGCCCCCUUCACUGGGUAAAGCAUGAAGGCAGCUGCUACUGGUUCUCUCAAACUAGGAAGUCAUGGCCUGAGGCUGACAAGUACUGCCAGCUGGAGAAUGCUCACCUGGUGAUGGUCAACUCCAUGGAGGAGCAGAAUUUUCUACAGGAUAAGUUAGCCCACGUAGUCACUUGGAUGGGCCUCACAGACCAAAAUGGGCCCUGGCGAUGGGUGGAUGGAACGGAACUGGAGAAAGGCUUUAAGAACUGGGCCCCAGAGCAGCCAGAUAACUGGUAUGGACAUGGGCUUGGAGGAGGCGAGGACUGUGCUCAGUUCACCUCUGCUGGUAACUGGAAUGAUGACGCCUGCCAGAGGUCCUUCCGCUGGGUCUGCGAGGCAGAGCUGGCCAAGGCCGGCUAGGAGCUCCUCCACCUAAUUUAUGUCUUCAGUGCCUUCAGCUGCUAAAGCCUGGAGUUUGGAAUC